CCCUGACACCCAGAACCACAAUGGCAGAGCUGGCUGUGUCAGAGACACCCGGGGACCCUACUCUGUGCAGCGGGCGUUUCACCAUCAGCACGCUGCUGGGGGGCGAUGAGCCCCCGCCACCAGCUGCCUAUGACAACAGCCACCUGACCCAUGGCAGCACCUUGUACAUGCGAACCUUUGGUUACAACACCAUCGAUGUGGUGCCUGCCUAUGAGCACUAUGCCAACAGCGCUCUGCCCGGCGAGCCCCGAAAGGUCCGGCCCACGCUGGCCGACCUGCACUCCUUCCUGAAGCAGGAAGGCAGCCACUUGCACGCCCUGGCCUUUGAGAGCCGGCCCAGCCAUGAGAUGACGGAUGGGCUGGUGGAGGACGAGGCAGGCACCGGCAGUGAGAAGAACACUGGGGAGCCCGUGCGCUUUGGCUGGGUCAAGGGGGUGAUGAUUCGCUGCAUGCUCAAUAUCUGGGGCGUGAUCCUCUACCUGCGGCUCCCCUGGAUUACGGCCCAGGCGGGCAUUGUCCUGACCUGGAUCAUCAUCCUGCUCUCGGUCUUGGUGACCUCCAUCACGGGCCUGUCCAUCUCGGCCAUCUCCACCAACGGCAAGGUCAAGUCAGGUGGCACCUACUUCCUCAUCUCCCGGAGUCUAGGCCCAGAGCUAGGCGGCUCCAUCGGCCUCAUUUUUGCUUUUGCCAAUGCUGUGGGUGUGGCCAUGCACACCGUGGGCUUUGCGGAGACCGUGCGGGACCUGCUCCAGGAGUACGGCACCCCCAUCGUGGACCCCACUAAUGACAUCCGCAUCAUUGGCGUGGUCACUGUCACCGUGCUGCUGGCCAUCUCCCUGGCUGGCAUGGAAUGGGAGUCCAAGGCCCAAGUGCUGUUCUUCCUGGUCAUCAUGGUCUCUUUUGCCAACUAUUUGGUGGGGACUCUGAUCCCCCCAUCUGAGGACAAGGCCUCCAAAGGUUUCUUCAGCUACCGGGGGGACAUUUUUGUCCAGAAUUUGGUGCCCGCCUGGCGGGGCGCGGAUGGCAGCUUCUUCGGGAUGUUCUCCAUCUUCUUUCCCUCAGCCACGGGCAUCCUGGCAGGGGCCAACAUCUCCGGGGACCUCAAGGACCCUGCUGUCGCCAUUCCCAAGGGAACACUCAUGGCCAUUUUCUGGACCACUGUCUCCUACCUGGCCAUCUCAGCCACCAUCGGCUCCUGCGUGGUUCGUGAUGCCUCGGGGGUCCUGAAUGACACAGUGACCCCCGGUUUGGGCACCUGCGAAGGGCUGGCCUGCGGCUAUGGUUGGAACUUCACUGAGUGCUCCCAGCAGCACAGCUGCCGCUAUGGCCUCAUCAACUACUACCAGACCAUGAGCAUGGUGUCAGGCUUCGCACCCCUGAUCACGGCCGGCAUCUUUGGGGCCACCCUCUCCUCUGCCCUGGCCUGCCUCGUCUCUGCCGCCAAAGUCUUCCAGUGCCUGUGCAAGGACCAGCUGUACCCUCUGAUCGGCUUCUUCGGCAAGGGCUAUGGCAAGAACCAGGAGCCGGUGCGGGGCUACCUGCUGGCCUACGCCAUCGCGGUGGCAUUCAUCAUCAUUGCUGAGCUGAAUACCAUUGCCCCCAUCAUCUCCAACUUCUUCCUGUGCUCCUACGCCCUCAUCAACUUCAGCUGCUUCCACGCCUCCAUCACCAACUCGCCCGGGUGGAGACCCUCGUUCCGAUACUACAGCAAGUGGGCAGCACUGUUUGGGGCGGUCAUCUCUGUGGUCAUCAUGUUUCUUCUCACCUGGUGGGCAGCGCUCAUCGCCAUUGGUGUGGUCCUCUUCCUCCUGCUCUACGUGAUCUACAAGAAGCCAGAGGUGAACUGGGGCUCCUCCGUACAGGCCGGCUCCUACAACCUGGCCCUGAGCUACUCGGUGGGCCUCAACGAGGUGGAGGACCACAUCAAGAACUACCGCCCCCAGUGCCUGGUGCUCACGGGGCCCCCCAACUUCCGCCCAGCCCUGGUAGAUUUUGUGGGCACCUUCACCAGGAACCUCAGCCUGAUGAUCUGUGGCCACGUGCUCAUCGGACCCCGCAAACAGAGGAUGCCUGAGCUCCGGCUCAUCGCCAACGGGCACACCAAGUGGCUAAACAAGAGGAAGAUCAAAGCCUUCUACUCGGACGUCAUUGCCGAGGACCUCCGCAGUGGGGUUCAGAUUCUCAUGCAGGCCGCAGGUCUCGGGAGAAUGAAGCCCAACAUUCUGGUGGUCGGGUUCAAGAAGAACUGGCAGUCGGCCCACCCGGCCACGGUGGAGGAGUACAUCAGCAUCCUGCACGAUGCUUUUGAUUUCAACUACGGUGUGUGUGUCAUGAGGAUGCGUGAGGGGCUCAACAUUUCGGAGGUGAUGCAGGCGCACAUUAACCCUGUGUUUGACCCGGCAGAGGACAGCAAGGACGUCAGCGCCAGCAGGUCCCGGCCCUCCGUCUCGGGCACACUGGACCCCGAGGCCCUGGUGCGGGAGGAGCAGGCCAGCACCAUCUUCCAGUCAGAGCAGGGCAAGAAGACCAUCGACAUCUACUGGCUAUUCGACGACGGAGGCCUCACCCUCCUCAUCCCCUACCUUCUCCGCCGCAAGAAGAGAUGGAGCAAAUGCAGGAUCCGAGUGUUCGUGGGGGGCCAGAUCAACAGGAUGGACCAGGAGAGGAAGGCGAUCAUUUCUCUGCUAAGCAAGUUUCGACUGGGAUUCCACGAAGUUCACGUUCUUCCCGACAUCAACCAGAAGCCUCGGGCUGAGCACACCAAGAGGUUUGAGGACAUGAUUGCACCUUUCCGCCUGAAUGACGGCUUCAAGGACGAGGCCACUAUCACCGAGAUGAGGCGGGACUGCCCCUGGAAGAUCUCGGAUGAGGAGAUUAACAAGAAUAGGGUCAAGUCUCUGCGGCAGGUGAGGCUCAAUGAGAUUCUGUUGGAUUACUCCCGAGACGCCGCUCUCGUCGUCAUCACCUUGCCCAUAGGGAGGAAGGGGAAGUGCCCGAGCUCGCUGUACAUGGCCUGGCUGGAGACACUGUCCCAGGACCUCAGACCUCCAGUCAUCCUGAUCCGAGGAAACCAGGAAAACGUGCUCACCUUUUACUGCCAGUAACGCCAAGCUUGGCCAGGCCUGCCCGAAGCCGAGGGUGCGUGGGACGUCCACCUCUCCACGGGGAUGAGACUCAUGCAUGCCCUGUUGCACUUUAAGCAGUAGCCUCUGAUGACCCGAUUGAGAAAGCUGAUAGAUUUCCAAACUUUGGUUGGACCCCACUCCCGUUGAACACGUCCUCUGGGCUUUGUUUUAUGGGCUGGAGAAGCAGCAUUUGACGUUGUGUGGAAAAUGCCCUGGCGUUCCUUUUAUUUUCUUUUGAUCUUGAUUACAACAAAUUAAGAUGCUAGUCUUUGAUUUAUACAUAAGUUUGAGUCAGAGUGCUGGGUGUGUAUCUUAGCAGUUUCUACACACUUCCCUGGAAUACUCCGUCACCAUGCCUCCCUCCUCCUCAGGUCAGGAGAAGGGGUGCCCCCUGCAACACACACACACACACACACACACACACACACACACACCAGUAGCCCUUACAGGAAGAAUGCAGGAUUCUUGGAAUCUCCAUAAUAAUGCAAAUUUCUUUAACCACGUCUCAUUCCUUUCACUUUCAGUAAUAACGGGUCGUCAGUGUUUUGGCUGGUUCUCUGGUAGACCAGGGAUUUUCUAACUUUUUGUGCUGCAACCCACAGUAAGAAAUAUAUUUCACAUUGAGACUUAGAGCAAACAUACACUGAAACAAAAGUAUCACAAAGCAAUCGGUAUCAUUACUAUGGGCAACACGCACUGGUAUUUUCUGUUCUCGCUCUUUUUCUCCUUUGAAUUUUGGUUGCAAUCCACUAAAAUGAACUUGGGACCCCCUAAUGGGUGGUGACCCAUGGUUUGAAAACCACAGUUUAGACUUCCCUUUGUGCCCUGCCUUUUCCUCCUGCACAGCAGGGAGUCCAGCUGAUGUGGAGAAAGGUCCUGAUUGGCCUCACUGUGAUUUCUCCCUCAUCCCAAGGGAAGAAAACGGAACUAAAAAAACACUCAAGGAGGCAUAUUAAUGCUAAGAAAGAGCUUCAAAGGAGGGACAAGAUUUAGGGAGUCUCUUGGAAGGGUGUUCAAUUUCAGAUUUGGUUGGGGAUAGAGGAUGGAGGUUUGGUGGGUCAGGAAUGGAGAAGGCAGGGAGGGGGUAUAAAGAUGUCAAGACGGGGCAAAGAAUCAGAGAGCUGCAUACCCAGCUCAAGCCUGGGUGAAAGGACAGGGGAGAAGAAGCCACUGGUAAGAGGUAGAAACACAGCAAGUGGCAGAGGGGGCUGUGGAGUGGGAGUCGUAAGAUGGGGGUCAGAGUUGAGAGAGAACCUGAGGAAGAUGGCCCUUGCUCAUGUCAAGGUUUCGGGUUCCUAUAGAUUGAACAACUCCAGAGAGCUUGCACCAACCAAGCUUGGAUGCAAGAGCAGAAAGAACUUUAAGAGGUGUCAGUGCCAAUGGGUGAGGCUCCCUGAAAGGACAUUUUAGCUCUAGACGUACCCAUGCAACACAAGGGUGAAUGGUUGGCAGACACGGCUGGUGGGGCCUUUUCCAGUAGCACAGGGGAAGCUGAAGGAACCAGGCAUCUUUGAAUCUUGUCAGCCCCCUCCAAGCCCAAUGAAGCGCCUACCUAGUCAUAAAGGCAAAAAUCUCUUUCUAAGGGUUAGGACCCAAAGGACUUCAGCAUUUAAUGGGCCAUGCCACUGCAGCGACCAAAGGCCCUGGGCCCCAGGGUGUCACAAGCCCCACUGCUCUCUGUGCUCAUCAGGACGUGCUGAGAGAGACUCAGAGCCUGGCUGAGUUCAUUGGGGAUGGCUGGUCUGCUCCCCAGGGACCUCAGAAGGAGGCCUGCCUCUGAGCCAUUCAGUGGACCGGGGACCAACCCUCCCCCUCCCCCAACUCAAUCAGGGAAUGCUUGCCUUUCUAAAACCACAUGGAAAGCCAUUUCCUGGCAUAUGAGUGCUCCCUUUCCAGACCUCUGGGAGACCUUGAUCCAAGAACAGAAAAUGCUUUGGCUUCAGGCAUUUAAAACAAAAAACACAAAUUUUUCACUAUGUUGGAAACUGAGUUUUUCUUUUUUGGAAACUGAAUGUUUCACAAUGAUGAUAGCUUUGGAAAAAAAAAAGAGUUAACAGUGAGGUCAAAACAAUGAAAUGAAUAAAAAAUAUAUUCACUCGGUCAACAGAAUUUAUUUGUGUAGGAGGAACACAUUGCUUUUCAACUCUGCUGAGUGUUUUUGGAAAAACUAACUGCGUUGUUUUUUCAA